AUGUCGACAAACGGCGACGCAGCCCCGUUGCCUCGCGCCGAGUCUCCCACUGGCUCCCCGCGCUCCACGUCCGUCUCCUUGCAAGCUGCGGCCACCGUCAACGCCGGUCUGCGACGCGAGCCUUCUAGGCAAUCAUCUCAGAGCUCCUUGACGCGAAACGCGCCCUCUCCACGCGGCGGACGACGACGAUCGGCUGUCCUCAUGAACUUGCAACUAAACGACCCCUCCAUCCCGGGACCCGGCGAGAUGGCACAGGAGCAUUCCAGCAGUCAACGUUUGAGCCCUCAGCCACUGUCCGGCUCCCCUCUCACGGCCGAUCCGCAUCACCACCGAGCGCCGAGUCUGGGCGAGCUGCAUCAGGAGCUGGAGGCCGAGCAGGAAGCGCAUGUGAACCGCCUCCUGCAAAUGAUCAGGCAACAACAGCUUGAACUGCAACGUCUACAGGCAGGACGACCCGCCCAGGGACAAGACACUGCGGCCGAUGAUGCCGCCGCCGAGAGCAGAGCAAGACCGAUCCCGGGAGCCUCGAUGCAGUCGACGUCGCAGGCGACGCUCCCCGGGAGCCAAACGGUCGGCUCGGUCGGCUCAUAUCCUCGCUCUCCGGGUCUCCCGCACCCUCGGAGCUCUUUCGACAUGGCGCGAGCGGACCUGCACCGGCGAUCUAGAACACCCAGCCGGGGCCCGUCGCCGAGAAUCAGGGCGACGUCGAUCAGUGCCGAGAGCGGAGACUGGGUGCUCGGUGGCCGCGACGAGAGCGCCUUCUACCAGGCGGAAACGCAGAUGCUCAUUCGAGAAAAUCAAAUGCUAAAGCACCGGAUCCGCGACCUCGAAAAGCAGCUAGCGGAGAUGUCGGGCCCUACCGCUGCCACGGAACCGCCCGUCCCGUCGCAUCUGAUACGAUCGUCGCUUACUGCCGACGAAGGGGAGGCGGAGGCGGCAUCCAAAUAG